AUGCCGACAACGUGUUCGCCUUCGACGGCAAGAUCUACCGACAACGCUUCAUCGCGCCUCUGGAAGCGCUUCAUCGACGACAUAUUCGUCGUGUGGGAGGACACCGACGCCCACCUGGACGCCAUGUUGGCGAGACUCAAGCAGACACACCCCACUAUAAAAUUCACACACGCCAUACAGCGACACGGAAGCGAUCUUUCUCGACGUCCACGCCUACAAAAGCGACCGCUUCCGCGCCACGGGCGGCAUACUGGACACCAAGACACACUUCAAACCGACAAACCGCUUCCAGUACCUCGACCACGCCUCGUGCCACACCGCGGCCACGAAGCGGGCCGUCGACUGUCGGGCGAAGCGAAUCGCUUUCUCCGAUCGACGUCGGAUCCGAUCGAGUACGAUCGAAUCCUGACGGACCACAGACGCAGACUCGCCCGCAGAGGCUACCCGAGUAGACAAACGGAUAGCCUACUCGCACGACUACCGUACACACGACGCACCCCUCCCGCCGCCGCCGCCGCAAUCGGCGCGAUCCGGGAGGGAUGCGAGACACAACGUCCACGACAACGAGAAAGACCGAGACACGGACAGACCCAACGGAAACGAAAGCGCAAACGCAAUCGCGUCGACGUCGUCGCCGUGGACGAUGACGGCGACGGCGCCGACGCCCACGAGAACGACGAAAACAGAUCGAUACUCGUUACGACCUACUCACCGUGGUUUCCCGACACCGGCGAAAUCGUACGCACGGAGUGGCAGACGAUGCUCUCGCAAGACGAAGUGCUCCGACACACGCUCGGUCGAGAACCGAUGAUCGCCUACAAGAGAGCAAAGAACAUUAGAGACCACAUCACCAGUGCCCGUCUGAAAGACGUUACCGUAGAGACCGAAAAGACGGACGUAUACGACGACUCGAGGGCACCGCCACAUCUCGAGUUCACACCACAGACGACGGCGUGUGGACACGCACAAUGUGAGACGUGCAACGUGCAGAUCCAUGACCACCGGCUGCGCCGUGCGCAGUACGAGCACCGGCCGAUCCCACCCGAUAGGCGGACGACGGCGAGUCCGUCUGAGCUGCAAAUCGAAGAACGUGAUCUACGUCAUCACCUGCGCCAUUGCGGGAUGCCACAAACAAUACGUCGGACAGACGGGCGACACGCUCAGAGCGCGCAUGAGACACCACCGCAACAAGCUUCGGUCGUGGGACCGAAAGAAGAUCUACCUACACUGCAACGACAGAAACCACAACCCCGACGGAGUCUGGCACGUCACGCCGAUCCAACAGGAGACCGACCACGCCAGCAGACUGGCUCUCGAAGCAGACUGGAUAAGACGCCUCAAGACAACGGGUCGCUUCGGCCUGAACAAGACGGCUCGCAAGACACGCGGCCGACGGCGACGGCACCGCGCCGCCGCCGCUGCCGACAACCACCGAGUUUACAUUGCACGCGUUUUCUCUGUCUGUCUGUCUUGCUUUCAAUCAUUUUCGGUGAUUUGAUUCAGCAAACGAAAUACAGACCACUCGUUGACCGAAAAUAUUAAAUAUUUACAUUCCAUAUGCCUGCUACGGUCUGAAGCUCUUUAAUUAUAAUUAAUUAACUAAAUGUACUAAAUAAUAUGUAGACAAUUGCAGCCACAUUAGAAUCACUCAAGUAACUCUCACACUCUAGUUAGCUAUAGAUAUAGAGACUAGACUGCUGAUGCAGAAUCUUUUUCGUAAUGAGGAUAGAAUGUAGGUUGAUGCUCAUUUAAUAGGCUGAUGAGGUAGAUGAGGCUUUACCUGAGAAGUUGACAUGCUAAUAAAUUAUAUUGACUUGUUUUGAUUGAUUGCUU